CUCCAAGCUCCGCGUCGCCGCGCCUGGUUUCUGCAGCGCCGUCGGUCCCGGAGACGGAGCCGGAAGCGCUAGGCUUUGAACCCCGAUCCCUUCUGCUUUUCAAGGGGUACCCGAAUCGCCCACCAUAAUCUGCCCCUCGUCCUUUCUCCCCCAAUAUCCCGAGACUGGUCCCCAGUUUGGGCGGGGCGGUGCCGUCAGAGCUCUCAGACCCGGAAGCAGCGCGGGGUCGCGCCUCCGCCAUGGAGCCCACCGCGCCGUCCCUCACUGAGGAGGACUUGACUGAAGUGAAGAAGGACGCUCUAGAAAAUUUGCGUGUAUACCUGUGUGAAAAAAUCAUUGCUGAGAGACAUUUUGAUCAUCUACGUGCCAAAAAAAUACUCAGUAGAGAAGACACUGAAGAAAUUUCUUGUCGAACAUCAAGUAGAAAGAGGGCUGGAAAACUGUUAGACUACUUACAAGAAAACCCCAAAGGACUAGACACCCUCGUUGAAUCUAUUCGACGAGAAAAAACACAGAACUUCCUGAUACAGAAGAUCACAGAUGAAGUGCUGAAACUUAGAAAUAUCAAACUAGAACAUCUGAAAGGACUCAAAUGUAGCAGCUGUGAGCCUUUCCCUGGUGGAGCCACGAACAACUUAUCUAGAUCCAAUUCAGAUGAGAGUACUUUCUCCGAGAAACGGAGAGCGUCCACCGCCAUGUACCAUCCGGAAGGAGAAUCCAGCACGGCUCCCUUUUUCUCUACUGAUUCUUCUCUGAAUUUGCCUAUUCUAGAAGUAGGCAGAACUGAAAAUACCAUCUUCUCUUCAACCACACUUCCCAGACCUGGGGACCCUGGAGCUCCUCCUUUGCCACCGGAGCUGCAAUUAGAAGAGCAAGGAACUUGCGCGAACUCCAGCGAGAUGUUUCUUCCCUUACGGUCACGCGCUCUUUCACGGCAAUGACAGCAUACUGCCUUUAGUGUGUUCAGUAACAACAAAAAAUGUUUUAAAGGAUAUGAAUCUUUUUAUAAACUUCUACAGUGAUUUAUUUACAUUUGAUAUGUGUCUUUCAAAAAUGCAAUUUUAAGCAUACUUUGUAAAUAGAAUAUUUUAGAGCAAAAGAAGUAUACUUUCAGGAUAGCUAAAUGUCAGUCUUGUUGAUCAUGUACUUUUCAGUAUUUUCUGUACUUUUCCCUUUUAGGUGCUUUAGUGUUUGCGGAUUUUUCAUGUUUAAAACUAAUUUUAAUGAGGACCAUUUCUCUAUUUGAAGAUAGAUUCUUAGGCUGCAAAUUUUCUUUGCAUUUUUUUGCUAGGAAUUUUCUAAUGGUCCUUUCUAACCAUUGAGCAGUAAAUUUUCAGCAUUAAGCAGUUCCUGUCUGGAAAUGAAGCCAAUCACUGAGGGAAAAAUCGCCAAUAUACUGAAAAGAAUCUCUUUUCCUCUCAGUUGGUCUUACAAGCAUGUACAAGGUCUCCUUAUAUUACCUGUGGUGGAGUUUCAGCCACCAAAAGCCUCAGCGGUUUACCUAAAUUCAUUUCAUAUUAGCCUUACUAAUUAAUGCUAUUUUCUUAACAUGUUCACAUUCUUUCCUUUAUCAUUUUCUUUUUUUUUAUUUUUUAUUUUUUUAUUUUUUUUUUGACAGGCAGAGUGGACAGUGAGAAAGAAACAGAGAGAAAGGUCUUCCUUUACCGUUGGUUCACCCUCCAAUGGCCGCUGCAGCCAGCGCACUGCGGCCAGCGCACCGCGCUGAUCCGAUGGCAGGAGCCAGGUACUUAUCCUGGUCUCCCAUGGGGUGCAGGGCCCAAGGACUUGAGCCAUCCUCCACUGCACUCCCAGGCCACAGCAGAGCUGGACUGGAAGAGGGGCAACCGGGACAGAAUCCGACACCCCAUCAGGGACUAGAACCCGGUGUACCCGCGCCGCAGGCAGAGGAUUAGCCUAUUGAGCCGUGGCGCCGGCCUCCUCUAUCAUUUUCAUUCUUGCAGAAAAUAUCUUGGCAUAAGCCCCAUAUAAUUUAAUGAGAUACUUAAAAGAUGGUUUCAGGGUGGGCAUUUGGCACAGUUGUAAAGACCUCUGCAACCCAUAUCUGAGUGCCUGGGUUUGAGUCCGCACUUCUGAUCUAGCUUCCUGCUAAUAAGCACACUGGAAGGCAGCGGGUGAUGGUUCAAGUGCUUAGGUCAGUGCCACUCAUAUGGGAAACCCAGAUGGAGUUCCUGCCUCCUGUCUUCAUCCUGGUCCAGUCCUGGCUGUUCUGGACAUCUGGGAAGUGAACCAGUAGUUGAGGAUGCCUAUCUCUGUCUCUAUCACUUUGCUUUUCAAAUAAAUAAAACUUUUUUUAUAUAAAAAAAAAGCUUCUGUUUUAAAAUAAAUAAUAAAAGAUAAUUUCUCUUUCAGUGGGGACCACCGUGCAAUUGAAAUAGCCAGAACAAAUUGGCUUGGUGUGUGUGUAUGUGUGUGGCAACUCUUCCUUUUUUUUUUCUUUUUUCUUUUUUUCUUUUAUUUGAAAGACAGAGAGGCAGAGGCAGAAAGAGGUCUUCCACCCACUGAUUCACUCCCCAAAUGGGGAGAGCUGAGCAAUCUGAAGCCAGUAGCCUGGAGCUUCCUCCAAGUCUCUCCCACAUGAACACAGGGGCCCAAGGACUUGGUCCAUCUUCCACUUCUUUCCCAGGCCAUAGCAGAGAGCUGAAUCAGAAGUGGAACAGCUGGGACUUGAACCAGGGCCCAUAUGGGAUGCUGGCACUGCAGGCAGCAACUUUACCCACCAUGCCAAGGUGCUUGCCCCCAAAACUCUGCUUUUUUAAUACUAUUUGGAAAAAGUGGGCCAUUCACUAGAUGUGUCUGUCUAACAAAAUUUGAUUGAUUUUAUGGUUUUGAAAAUUCUUACACAUUUUUAUUAUAACUCCUUCCUGAUGUCCAUUUUCUAUAUAUUUCUUUUUUUAAUUGAAAAAUAUCAGAUGCAAAUUUGCUAUUAACAAAGUUUUGGGACAGGUUAAAUUGCCACUUGGGACACUUGCAUCCCAUAUCAGAAUGCCCAUUCAAGUCCUACCUACCCCACUUCCAAUCUAGCUCCCUGGUGGCUAGGAAGCAGCCGGUGAUGGCUCAAGUAUUUUGAGUCCCUGCCACCAUGUGGGAGAUCUGGAUGGAGUUCCUGAUUUCCUAAUUAACAACUUCAGCCUGGCCCAGACCUGGCUGUUGUGGGAAUUUGGGGAGUGAACCAGUAGAUGGAAGAUUUUUCUCUCCCUCCCUAUCAUUCUGCCUUUCAAAUAAAUAAACCUUUUAAAAGAAAAGUUUUUAAAUUUCAGUGCUAUGUUUGGAUUUUUUAGAUUUUCAAUAGGAAAUAUUAUAUACCUUUUUUAUGUGCACCAACUUUUAUAGAAAACAUAACAAAAUUGUGAGAAAUUAAUUUAACUUUUUAAUUUAGCAAUCAUGAAGAAAUUUGGCAUACUGGCUUUAAAAAUUUUUUUAAAGACUUGACUAAUUUUUUAUAGUAUAAGCAUUUUCUAACAUUUUAGGAGGAUCAGUUUUGCCUGCAGCAUAAGAAAUAGUGAAGGGGCCAGUACUGUCGUGUAGCAGGUGAAGCUGCCUCCUGCAAUGCCAGCAUCUUAUAUGGGUCCUGGUUCAAGUUCUAGCUACCCCACUUCCAAUCCAGCUCUACAAAGGCCUGGGAAAGCAGUGGAAGAUGGUCCAAGUGCUUGGGCCCCUAAACCUGCAUGGGAGACCCGGAAGAAGCUCCUGGCUCCUGGCUUCAGAUUGGCCCAACUCCUGCCAUUGUGGCCACUUGGGGAGUGAACCAGCAUAUGGAAGACCUCCCUCUCUGUUUCUGUAACUCUGCCUUUCCAAUAAAUAAAUAAAUCUUCAUUAAAAAAAUAGUGACAAAA